AGGCAGAGGAGAGCAAGGGUAAGGGCCCCACGGCAGGCAUUCGAGUAGGAGGGUAGAACUAUGAUGACAGAAGACUCAGUAACGAUCCAAAGAAACCAAAUGAUUGGGCGCCUUCUUUCGGAUCCGUGACUUCCAGCGCCAAGAGUCUCUAUUGGCUCUUAUACCGUUGCUCUAUGAGAUAGCAAUGUUUUUGUCCUUCAGCCUCCCCUCCGAUUGCUGAGCUCCUGGUGUGUUUUGAGGAGUAGAAGGCAAAAAGAACCCUCUUGUUUUUCUUUGGAUCUAGAGAGAAUCUGAGCAAAUGACAAAGCAAAUGGGGUAAAAUGUCUUUUUGUUUAGUUUUUCCUGAUCAUCCCAUGAGAGGUAAAUACAUGUUAAGGAUAGCUGAAUCUGAGUAAAGGGUAGAGAAAUGUUCCUUACAAGAUUUUUGUUGGCAACUGGUCUAAGUAUGAAAUUAUUUCCAAAUAGAAAGCUAAAACAAACAAAACAAUUGGCCUUGGGAAACUGGCCAAUCUUGAAGUAAUCAAGUAAUAUUGUUAAGGGACAAUCAGUGUUGUGAAAACAACACGGACACACCCCCUCCCUCCCCCUCAAAAAAAUCCCUAAAUUCAGUUCCCCCGUUGCUAAUGUGUGAUCCUGGCAAAGUCAUCUAAGUCGCUGAGCUUCAGUUCCUCCACCCCAGAGAGUUGUUGCAACGAUCAAAUUAAAGAAUGUCUUUCAUGAACUAUAUUAUUGCUGCUACCGUAGAAAUGGAAAGUGUACAACACUAGAUCCAAAACUACUUUUGACACUUCUGAGACUGUGGCUGCGCCUCUGUCACCUUCCAAAGGCCACUAGGCCUUUCCUGAGCUGGCAUUGGCAGCGCACACUCUUGCCCGGCUAACCUUUCCAGGUGCGCGGCGCACUGCCUGCUCGGCUCUCCAGGUGGCCGCCGCAGCUGCCCGAGAGCGCAGGCGCAGAGGCAGACCACGUGAGCGCGUGGCCAGGCCUUCCGGCCUAGCCUCCCUGUGGCCCCGCCCCUCUCGAACGCCUUCGCGGGAUCGCCCUGGAAACGCAUUCUCCGGGACCGGCAGCCGCCAAUGGGAAGGGAGUGAGUGCCACGAACAGGCCAAUAAGGAGGGAGCAGUGCGGGGUUUAAACCUGAGGCUAGGCUGGCUCUUCCCAGCGUGCUGCGGAGGAACGGCUGUUGGUCUCUGCUGGGUGUAGGUCUUUGGCUGGUCGGGGCUCCGGUGUUCCGCUUCUCCCUGCUGAGCUGCUGUCUGGUGAAGAGGAAGCCAUGGCGCUCCGAGUCACCAGGAACUCGAAAAUUAAUGCUGAAAAUAAGGCGAAGAUCAGCAUGGCAGGCGCAAAGCGCGUUCCUACGGCCCCUGCUGCAACCUCCAAGCCCGGACUGAGGCCAAGAACAGCUCUUGGGGACAUUGGUAACAAAGUCAGUGAACAACUGCAGGCCAAAAUGCCUAUGAAGAAGGAAGCAAAACCUUCAGCUACUGGAAAAAUCAUUGAUAAAAAACUACCAAAACCUCUUGAAAAGGUACCUAUGCUGGUGCCAGUGCCAGUGUCUGAGCCAGUGCCAGAGCCAGAACCUGAGCCAGAACCUGAGCCUGUUAAAGAAGAAAAACUUUCGCCUGAGCCUAUUUUGGUUGAUACUCCCUCUCCAAGCCCAAUGGAAACAUCUGGAUGUGCCCCUGCAGAAGAAGACCUGUGUCAGGCUUUCUCUGAUGUAAUUCUUGCAGUAAAUGAUGUGGAUGCAGAAGAUGGAGCCGAUCCAAACCUUUGUAGUGAAUAUGUGAAAGAUAUUUAUGCUUAUCUGAGACAACUUGAGGAAGAGCAAGCAGUCAGACCAAAAUACCUACUGGGUCGGGAAGUCACUGGAAACAUGAGAGCCAUCCUAAUUGACUGGCUAGUACAGGUUCAAAUGAAAUUCAGGUUGUUGCAGGAGACCAUGUACAUGACUGUCUCCAUUAUUGAUCGGUUCAUGCAGAAUAAUUGUGUGCCCAAGAAGAUGCUGCAGCUGGUUGGUGUCACUGCCAUGUUUAUUGCAAGCAAAUAUGAAGAAAUGUACCCUCCAGAAAUUGGUGACUUUGCUUUUGUGACUGACAACACUUACACUAAGCACCAAAUCAGACAGAUGGAAAUGAAGAUUCUAAGAGCUUUAAACUUUGGUCUGGGUCGGCCUCUACCUUUGCACUUCCUUCGGAGAGCAUCUAAGAUUGGAGAGGUUGAUGUCGAGCAACAUACUUUGGCCAAAUACCUGAUGGAACUAACUAUGUUGGACUAUGACAUGGUGCACUUUCCUCCUUCUCAAAUUGCAGCAGGAGCUUUUUGCUUAGCACUGAAAAUUCUGGAUAAUGGUGAAUGGACACCAACUCUACAGCAUUACCUGUCAUAUACUGAAGAAUCUCUUCUUCCAGUUAUGCAGCACCUGGCUAAGAAUAUAGUCAUGGUAAAUCAAGGACUUACAAAGCACAUGACUGUCAAGAACAAGUAUGCCACAUCGAAGCAUGCUAAGAUCAGCACUCUACCACAGCUGAAUUCUGCACUAGUUCAAGAUUUAGCCAAGGCUGUGGCAAAGGUGUAACUUGUAAACUUGAGUUGGAGUACUAUAUUUACAAAUAAAAUUGGCACCAUGUGCCAUCUGUACAUAUUACUGUUGCAUUUACUUUUAAUAAAGCUUGUGGCCCCUUUUACUUUUUUAUAGCUUAA